CGUCAUUUGAUUAUCGGCUCUUUUAUUCCUUUCUUGUGUCUUGUGGAGUUUGACCUAGUCAUCUCUCUCGCUUCGAUCGUGCUCUGACACUCAAGCUCAUUCUUCACAAUGGAUCCCACACCCGACGUUGGUGUCACCGUGGAGGAACACCUACCACCGAUCAUCCUCAGCACUCAAAUCUCGUCCACUGAGCCGGUCAGAGAGACCACCGUGACCAUCGAUGCAGCUUCAGAGGACCUUACAGACCCUCCCACAGACACCAUACUAUCAAGUGCGCCCUCACAACCCGACUCUCGGGAGGAUGUACAUCGGGUGGAGGAACAAUCCCCGGUGCAAGCCGACCCAGUAUCGGCUAUCCGUCCGCCGCAGCCCGAACUUGAACACGCUUAUUGGGCAGACAUCGAGGAGGAUUUGUCGGUUCCGGACGAUGCAGAAAUGAAGGAAAUCGAAUCCGCAGCCGAUGGCGAUUACAGUGCUUAUGAGUAUGACUACUGGGAGAAGAAUUUCCACCCCGAUCUCGAUGAUCCCGAGUACCGCCCGGUGGAGAAGGCUCGCAUGACAUGGAAAAUCAAGGGAGUUCGAGGCACUCCAGACUCUCCGAACCGGGCUAAGAUCAUGCGUUCGCCGCCGGCCUACAUGGGAGGUUAUUGGUGGACCAUCAAGUUCUUCCCUCGUGGAAACAACGUCGGGUCACUGAGUAUCUACAUUGAGUGUUCCCCGACGAUGCCCACUCCUGACAAGAACCUGCCCGAGUGCGACUUCAAAGUGCUUCACGGCCCAGCCGACGCACCUCUGGAUGUCAACACGCCGGAUGUUGACACGACGCUCGCUCAGACCGACGACACGGCGGCUUGGUUGGAGAAUUUCAAGGCCCAGUAUCGUCCUGCAGCCGACCAGGCCGGAUCCUCCUCAAAGUCCUGGCGAGUGUCAGCCCAGAUUGGCGUUAUUCUAUACAAUCCAGACGAACCGCGGACUGGGUGGAUGCAGUCGUCGUGCCAUCAGUUCAACCCACACAACCUGGACUGGGGCUGGACUAACUUCCACGGCCCGUGGGACCAGAUCCACCGCCGGCAGCGGGGCCAGCGCCAGGCGCUCCUCCGCAAUGACACCCUGGCGUUCGAUGCUUAUAUCCGCAUUGUUGACGAUCCCACGCGCUCACUUUGGUGGCAUGCCAGUGACACCGAGCCGACCUGGGACAGUCUGAGUCUGACAGGCUAUCGGCCCUUGGGCGACUCGGUUAUCAACCAUAGCGCGGAGGUCGCGGGGUUGGCCACUUGGGUGCAUCUGGCUCCUUUCUGCAAGAUCAUCCAAAAUGCCAAUGUUCUGGAGCACCUCAACGACUGUGAUGUCAAGCCUAAGCCUCUUUGCGAUGCACUCCAGAAGUUUCUGUGGCAGCUGCGUUCUCGGGGCCAGUCUCUCCAAUAUGUGGACACUGACAUGAUCACCUCGACCUUGCGGAAUCUGCACGAGUAUUCCGGGGAUGUGUGUGAGUUCUGGGAACGGCUGCGCCGUACCCUCGAGAUUGAACUUGCUGGUACAGACGCGGUAAAGGAACUUGCCAAGCUGUUUGACAGCCCCUCCCUUGACUCGCUUCCACAGGAAGCGCAGGGUCAGGAUGUGAUUAAUACCGUCCCCAAGGAUUACAACUCGCGCAUCUGCGUGCCCGCUGACCAAGCCAAGACCACCAGCGAAGCGUUCAGCUGGUACUUGGGUGCGAAGCCCGGACGCUGGGUGCUUCCACCCGUCCUCCACUUGGAAUUGGGCCGCCAGAAGCUGGACAAGGCAGCUCGCCAAUGGCGAUUGCUCUAUAAUCGGGUCGACCUAGACGAGGAGCUGGACUUGACACCAUGGCUGCUGGAUGGCCAGUGCGGCAAAUACGUCCUAUACGGUUACAUCGUCCACCGUGGUCGGCGCACCUCGGGCAAGUUCUUCAGCAUUCUUCGACCUGGAGGUCCCGGGACCAGAUGGCUCGCCUUCGAUGAUGGCAGCGACAAUCGUGUGGAAUGCCUGACUCGCAAGACAGCUCUGGGACCUCACCUCGGUCUUGACGCUUCGCAAAAGGUGGACCAUAAGACUGGUCACGAUGUCGCCAUUGCUGCGAUGUACAUCCGCACCGAUGUCGUCCAGGAAUUCUUGCCUGGCCCCCAAGGGCCAUGGGAUGCUCCUGAGAGACUUAAGGAGUAUUAUGAAACAGGAAUCUAUCCUGUGCAGUCGGAACCCCAGUCCGAAAAGGAUGAAAUUCAAGUGGAAGUCUACUCGCUGCCCAAGUACGAUCAGCUGGGCAGCUUGUUCGAUACAUAUGAUCUGAUGUCGCAGUCGAAGGCAGAAAAUAGUGUCAUGUAUCUGACUGUGCCUCGAUCGUCCAACUAUGUUGACCUUCGCAAGAAAAUUGCGAUGUGGGCAUCUGCAAAGUCUGGCGAAAGCGCCUGUGCGGAGCAUGUUCGUCUCUGGCAGAUUGGUCACACUCGUGACCAGUUUGGUCCUACCCUUGCAUUUGCUCGGAUUUCAGAUUUGACGAGCACCUUGAACUUCCCUCUGAAGACCGCUCGUUUCUGGAUGCAGAUUGUUUCAGAUGAGAAUGCGAAAUUUUUCGCCAUCGCGGAUCCGCCACAGGCGAUUGAGAUUCAAUCGAAGCCUGAAGAGGCUGUUGUCGAGCGCGCUGGCUCGGAAUCCUCGGAGGACAGACUCUCCCUCCCCGAAGGUGAGGCCCGCGCAAGCUCAUCCGGCACGCUGGGUGGCAUUGAGCAGCCGGCAUAUGGCAACGCAGUCAAUGUGUCCCACAUCGAAGUAGUUUCUCAGGACACCGUGCCUGCAGAGCUGAGUGGUACCGAUGAGCUUGUUCCUGGCAAUUCGGAGAACGAUGCGGUGAUCGCUGCCAUCAUUGCGGAAGAUAUCCAGCAGUUGGAUACCGACAGAAUCUCCGAUGAAGUGCCCCCAGCUAUCGAGGAGCCCAGCGAGGCACUGGCGCCUCAGACUGAGACUGAAUCCAACCCGACUGCGGACGUGCCCGCUCCCUCAGUCGAGUCUGAGAUCACUCAGCCCGUUGACCACGUCUACUACUUCAUUCAGAAGUUUGAUGUCGAUGCCCAGGCCCUACGGACAGUGGGAUCUUUCUUCUCGAAGAAGGAGGAGAACAUCAAAACUGCCGUCAGGAGGCAUCUGAAGUUGCCGCCGAUGAAGGACUUCCAGAUUUGGCAGCGUGUGGAUGGCACCACUGUGACAACAAUGUCAUCUGGCGAAACAUUCGAGGUCUAUGUCCCCGAUGGCACAUGCUUCAUCGUCGGUGACAAGUUGACCAAGGACAGACGCUCUCAGCUUAACGUGGCCGGUCUCUUCGGCAACCCCGAUCAAAUGGUCCGCUACCUGUGGGCUGAAUCACGUAGCCACCCCACCCGUGCUUUCACAGGUUCUAAGACCAUCGACGCGACCUUCACCAAUGAUUACUAUAGCGGCGAGUUCAAGAAGGGCUACUUCCACGGCAAGGGCAAACACAUCUCCGACCUCGCCGCUACCUAUGUGGGCGACUUUGUCCUCGGCAAGCGGCACGGAAACGGGUUCAUGGAGUACCCGACCGGAGACACGUACGACGGCGACUGGUUUGAGGGUAUUUGUCACGGACAGGGUACCUACGUCGAGCGCAAGACCGGCAACAAAUAUGUCGGUGGUUACAAGGAUGGCAAGCGCCACGGUAAAGGCAUCAGCUACUGGGAAGUGGCCGACGAAGAAAUGGAUCUGUGUCAGAUCUGCUACGGCGAGGAACAAGACGCCCUGUUCUAUGAUUGCGGUCACGUUUGCGCAUGCGUUACCUGCGCCCGACAGGUCGACCUGUGCCCGAUCUGCCGCAAGAGCAUUGUCAGUGUGGUGAAGAUCUACCGGACAUAGAGCAUAGAGCACAAGUGCUACGCUGAUACUUCAGUGCAUCGCACGGUGCAUCAGGGGGUUCCCUUGAGCCCCUUCAUUUGAUUUAAGUAAUCUUGCAUCGGAGAAUA